UGGGGCCCCCGGGCAAUAGGGGAUCAUGGGGCCCCUUUGUCCUUGCCCAAACUCAAAAAAGCCUAUGAAAAAGUGUGUCCCUUCUUCCAAGGGGCAGUGCUGCCCCCAUUGAAAAAUGCUGCCCUAGGCAACUGCCCUGUUUGCCUUAUGGUAAAUACACCCCUGGUCCAGGGGCGGACUGACAACUCAUGGGGCCCCCGCGCAAUAGGGGAUCAUGGGGCCCGUGUCCUUGCCCAAACUCAGAAAAGUCUAUGAAAAAGGUACCAGGGGCAUCUCAUGGGGCCCCCUACUGACCCCAAGCUCUCGGGCAGUGCCCGAGUUUCCAAAUGGUCAGUCCGCCCCUGCCC